AUGAGUCAUCUGGAAGAAAAGUGCGCCUCCCUGCGAGCGCAAAUUGCAGCUACCGAGGCACAGCUUGCUGGGCUCAAACGGGAGCUUGCGAGCGCUCAGGAAGCUGCCGCGGCGAACUCAAACAGAGCAGAAGGCUCGGACAGCAACCAGCAAGAUCAACCAAAGACAGAGUCUCGAUGGCCGCUACUGCAAGAGGAGUAUAAGCGGUAUGGUAGACAGAUGAUUGUCUCCCAAGUCGGGUUGGAAGGUCAACUGAAGCUGCGAGCAGCCAAAGUCCUUCUGGUGGGGGCUGGUGGUCUGGGAUGCCCUGCUGCACAGUAUCUUGCUGGCGCCGGUGUGGGUACACUCGGCCUGAUUGAUGGGGACACGGUCGAGGUCUCGAAUCUACAUCGCCAGGUCCUCCACCGUAGCCGCAAUGUGGGCAAAUUCAAGGUGGACAGUGCCAUUGAGUCUUUGCGAGAGCUGAAUCCUCAUCCGACCUACAUUGCCCACCGAACCCACCUCAUGCCCAGCGAGGCACCCGUGAUCUUUGCUCAAUAUGACCUGAUUCUUGAUUGCACGGAUAAUCCUGCGACACGAUACCUGAUUUCGGAUACUGCAGUGCUCUUGGGGAAACCAUUGGUCUCUGCAUCCGCCUUGCGCACUGAAGGACAACUGAUGGUGUUGAACAAUCCUCCUCGCCGACCUGGCGACAAAGACGGAGGGCCUUGCUAUCGCUGUGUUUUCCCAAAGCCUCCUCCCGCUGAUAGUGUUGUGAGCUGUGCGGAUGGAGGCAUCUUGGGCCCAGUGGUUGGCACCAUGGGCGUGUUGCAGGCUCUGGAAGCGAUCAAGGUCAUCACUACCGGUGCUGGCAAAGAACAACCCCCGGGGACAGGUUCACGAGAAUCUCCUCUGCUGCACAUGUUCUCCGCAUAUUCUAAUCCCUUGUUCCGUACGAUUCGCAUCCGUUCUCGUCGGACCAAUUGCGCGGUAUGCUCUGCGGAAGCCACUAUUACCUUGGAUACCAUCACCUCCGGAUCUACGGACUAUGUGUUCUUCUGUGGCUCAGCUCAUCCACCGUCACUUCUCGCCCCCGAUGAACGCAUAUCGGCACGAGAGUAUCACGACAAAUAUUCACUUGUCGAUUUCAGAGCCCAAGACUCAUCUGGUCAGCCGUCCUCUCCAAGGGGACAUACGAUUAUCGACGUGCGAGACAAGGUUCAAUUUGGAAUCUGCAGUCUGGAAGAGAGUAUCAAUAUUCCCAUUUCGAACAUUCUGGCCGCCACAUCAACAGAUGAAACUCCAUCGUGGGUUCCAGCGGAGCUGGCCGCUUCCGAGUCCAAUGACCCAAUAUACGUUGUCUGUCGACUCGGGAACGACUCCCAGCUUGCAGUCCAGAGAAUGAAGGAUUUGGGGCUGGACCGCGAUGGACAAAGAUUCAUUGGAGACAUCAGAGGCGGCCUUCGCGCAUGGCGAGAACAAGUGGACCCUCAAUGGCCAGAAUACUAA